AUUCAGUCGACCAGCGGUAUCGAGUUUGAUCAAAUGAAAGGACAAGCGCUGAUUGCCACGGCAGUCUCCUGUAAGCAUGCUAAUUUCACGGUGCGCUCAGAAAAGGCAGCUGAAAAGGAGCGUUUUGAGGAGUUCUGGAAGUUCAACGCCUACCUCCGUGGUAGCUACACGCAGACGGUGGAUUUUGCUAAACUCGACAAAUUAAUUGUGUCUACGUGUGGCCAGUUUGUCAACCGUAUCUUCUACCUCGCUUUGCCACCAUCUACCUACAGCAGUGUGGCUACACAUCUCGCUGCCAACUGCUUGACCAAGAAGUGA